CGUUAGAUCACUUACUCACGGGAUUUCACUUCGCAAUCAACUUUCUUCUGAGUGACGAACGAUGCCCUCGCGUGGCCUGCUCCGCCUCCAGUUCAUGGGCGUCGUGGCGAUGUUGAUGGGCGUCUUGACCAUGACGACCCUCCUCCUCUUCAGUGACUGCCGGUCGACGAGGUGCGCCCGGGAGAAGACCUCCGUCAGCGCCUUCAGUUUCCUGUGGAUCGUCUCUGGGGCGAGCAUCCUUCUCAUAUCGUUGCUCCUUUCAAGAAGAGACAUCGGCCAGUACAGUGCCAUCCCCUCAAGCCAGAUAAGCGAAAGUGCCACCUGCCCAGUGCCAGGAACGUGCCAUUACCAAGAAGGUGCCAAGAACCAAGUGGAAGACCCGCCUCCACCUUACCAAGGACUGGAAGCUUCCCCCCCUCCUUAUGGGUGCUCUGUGUAAAUGGA